GUGCAUCAGUAUUUAAGGGAUGGUGGGGAGUGCCCCAGGUUUAACGCAUAAGUAGUGCUAGUUCUGGCAAUGUCACGUCACUUUGACAACCGACGUUUGACAGACUGGAUCCAAAAAGGGCCCUAUUAUUUACCAGACAAUAUAAAUUCAAAGAUAAUGGCGAACGAACAGGAGUUAAAUCAUUGUUUUGAUUUCGCGAUGAAUCUGACAAUGAAGUCGGCAGAGGUGAUCAGGAACGCCAUUCAGGGUGGAAAAAAUAUAGAGACCAAAGCUGGUGACUGGGAUUUGGUGACUCAGUACGAUAAGAAAGUCGAGGAGAUCCUGAUCAAUGGACUUGCCAAAGAAUUUCCAAGUCACAAAUUCAUCGGUGAAGAAACGGUCUCAAGUUCCAGUUACCUCCCCGACCUGACAGACGCCCCAACGUGGAUAAUCGAUCCAAUCGAUGGUACAACAAAUUUUGUUCACGCAUUUCCCCACACCUGUAUAUCAAUAGCACUGACAGUGCAACGACAACUUGUCAUUGGCAUUGUUUAUAAUCCAGUUCUAGAGCAGAUGUUCACAGCGAGACGAGGAUGUGGAGCUUAUCUCAAUGGAAAAUCCAUAAAAAGUUCCAGUAUAUCAGAAUUGAAACACUCUCUGAUCUGUAUCGAGGCAUCGUACGCUACGAUCGAGGACAUCAGGGACAUCGUUCUGGGUCGACUGGAGGCAUUUGUCACAGUUGCCCAUGGAAUAAGGACCAUGGGCUCUGCCGCACUGACCCUGUGCUAUGUGGCAAUGGGAGCAGCUGAGGUUUACCACAGUGACAAUCUGAUGCCUUGGGACGUAGCAGCUGGUGCUUUAAUAAUUCGCGAAGCUGGGGGAGAGGUCAUUGAUACAUCUGGCGGUGAUUUUGACCUCAUGAAGCCGAGAUUACUGGCUGUGGGAAAUAAAAAAAUUGCCCCUGAACUCGUCAAACUCGUGAAUCUUGCUGAUACCAAGACUCAUCGCAAGAGAGCAACAUUGACAACUUGACUACGUAAUUGAUGAACUAAAACAUGAUUAAAAUUGUAAAACUUUUGUAAAUAAUGUGUGCAUGUCAAUAAACUAGAUCUCCUCGGAGAAGAAUCGUGAAACAA